AUGCGAGGAGCGUGCAAGGAGCACGGCCGGUCCGCUCUGCGGUCGACGGGACACUCGCAGCUCCGACAGUUCUUCGUGGCGACCGAUCAAGCCGUCGCCAGGGUGACACAUGCGGUCGGCGCCGGGCUGAGGCGCUACCUGUCGGACAUCUCGCUGGCGCUGGCAUACCGCAGCGCGCUGCGCGCCGAGGAGGACCUGGGCGCCGGCGCGACGUGGGAGCUGGUGCUGCGUGCCGGGGGCGGCACUGCGGCGGCGGCGGGGGCGGACCAGGUGCGGCGCCUCGCGCUGGCCCUCGAGCACGUGACCGCCGCCGGCGACCUGCUGCGCGCCGCCCCCGCGGCCGGCCUGCCCGACCCGCAUCUGCUCCCGCAGCAGAUCUCGAGGGAGCUGGCGCAGCUGCGUCGCGAGCAGAGCGUGGCCAUCGCCGUGCUGGUGCUGGUGGUCGGCAUCUCGCCCGUCAUCGUCAUCCUCGUCACCAGCGUCACCAGGACCAUCCAGGCGUUCGCGCGGUCGCUGAUGCUGCAGACUCUGGAGCUGCAAAAGGAGAAGCGAAAGAGCGACCGCCUUCUCAACGAGAUGCUGCCGCCGGAGGUGAUACAGCAUCUUCGGGAGCAGAGAAAAGUGCCCGCGGAGAGCUUCCAGAGCGUGACGGUGUUCUUCAGCGACAUCGUGGGCUUCACCGGCCUGGCGGCCUCCAGCUCGCCCAUGCAGGUGGUCGGCCUGCUCAACUCGCUCUACCGCCUCUUCGACUCGCUCAUCCAGAAGCACGACGUCUACAAGGUCGAGACCAUCGGCGACUCGUACAUGGUGGCGUCCGGCCUGCCGCGGCGGAACGGUAACCGCCACGCCGGCGAGAUAGCCACCAUGUCGCUGGGGCUGCUGCAAGGCGUGCAGCAGUUCAAGGUGCCGCACCGCCCCGACGAGCACCUGCGGAUCAGGGUCGGCGUGCACACGGGUCCCUGCGUGGCCGGCGUGGUGGGCACCACCAUGCCGCGCUACUGCCUCUUCGGCGACACCGUCAACACGGCCUCGCGCAUGGAGUCCACGGGCUGCGCUAUGCGUAUCCACAUCAGCGAAGACACUAAGUACUGUCUUGACCAACUCGGAGGUUACAUCACCGUCCCACGAGGCGACACCACAGUUAAAGGAAAGGGCUCGAUGAACACCUACUGGCUGAACGGCAAGAACAGCAUCGUCCGGUGCUCCUUCGACCUGGCAUGCAUCACCGACACCGAACCAGAGUUCAUUAAAACCAUGGCUUUUGAUUAA